CUGUAGCUAUCAUAGUUGAAAUCUGCAGCUAAGGAAAAAAGGUGGUGGAAAAGCCAUAUCUUCUCUUAACAUACAAGUUUAUAAUAUAAUCCGGAAGAGAGUAGUAGGAGUGGAGAAGCAUCUAAGCAAAGAGAAGUGAGGGAGUGCGACGUGGAUAAAUAAAGAAAGCAAUACAUUGAAAGAAAGAGAAGGUGAAUCUGGUUGCCUGGCGACCAGCCAGCCAUCUAGUUCGAUCCCAGCCGGCCGAGGCAGCAGCCCGUGCACACCCUCCGAAAGAGUAAGGACCAGAGAAUCGUGGUAGAAACGACAUCGCAUCAAAACGCGUGUCUCUCCAACGUAUAACACACCUACAUCUAUACCAUUGACACUCCCACGACCAAUUUCUCCAAUAUUUGGCAAGUUAAUCUUCAUGGUUUCAAGUGUCCAGGUGGUUUAAAGAACAUCAAAGAACUGAUUAUUUAUUUAAAUGUUAUAUUAAAUCAACAUCCAAUCAUCAAUGACUUGGUCAACUAAACUCUUCAAUUGGUCUGAUGGUUUAAUUGGUCUUGGAUCUUUCUGCAAGAUGACCCGAUGACCAUUAAAGACACUUGAGAAACGAUUAGCAAAGUGCUUUCUACUUUCCAUCCAUCUGCUCGACCUUGAUGUGAACAUGUGACUAGUGCGUUUGAUCUGGAUGUGAUUAAUCUUCACGACAUCAAGAAGAGGUUGAACGAGUUUGAAGGAAAAGUUGGUUGAUCAGUUCUAUGUUGAUUGUUAGACAUCAGUGAAGAUUUGAUAAUCAUGUUCCAGUGCAUUAUUCAGCAGAGAAAUGGUUGGAUCCAUCCAUCCAGUCCAGACACCAAGGAUGUCUUUCCAGAUAUAAGACUGCAGCUAAAUGAACAGCUGAGAUGUCUAGAUGUGCGGAUGGAGUCCCAGGUGGCCCUGGUAGCCGAGUUACAAGACUUUUUCCGCAGAAGAGCGGAACUAGAGCUCGAUUACAGCAAGUCACUUGAUAAAAUGGCAAGGAGCAUCCAGAUGAGGCAUAAGGAGCAAAAGCAAAAGAGGGAGCAGUGGCCGCUAUUUUCUAGUUAUGCCUGCUGGCAACAACUCGUCAAUGAGACUAAAUCUUUGAGCAGGGAUCAUGCUGCGCUUUCUGAAGUAUACAGUACUCAUCUUGUUGGUAGACUUAAUCAAGUUAUGGAGGAUGUUCAGCGUAUAUACAGACGUUGUCGCGAAAUUGGGUAUGAAACACACGAGGAAAUUUUGAGAGUACUUCACGAGCUUCAUACAACCAUGAAAACCUACCAAGCUUAUCAAGCAGAGUCACGACAAGCUGAGACAAAAUUACGAGUUGCAGAGCAGCAGCGAAGUAAACUUGAAGUCACGAAUGCAGCACCAGAAAAGUUACAGCGAAGCAAAAAAUAUAAACUCAUUGAAAAGGAAGUGAACAAGAGGAAGAGCAAGUACACAGAGGCUAAACUCAAAGCACUGAAAGCUAGAAACGAAUAUAUAUUGUGUUUAGAAGCGUCAAACACAACAAUUCACAAAUAUUUCGUUGAUGAUCUGUCUGAUUUGAUCGAUUGUAUGGACUUCGGAUUUCACAAUUGUAUUGCUCGAGCGUUGUUAAUGCACUGUAGUGCUGAAGAGGGAAGACAACGGUCGUUACAAUCAAGCGCUGAACAGCUGGCAUCUUGUAUUGGAUCCUUAGACUCACGAGCAGACAAACAACGUUUUCUAGAGUCCCAUCAUACUGCUUUUAUGAUUCCGAAAAAAUUUGAAUUCCAAUGUCAACGUGGAGACGAAACCCCUGAGCCUGAGCUUCAAAAGAUACUUCACUCUGAAAUGGAGCAAAGAUUGGUUCAGCUUCAACAGCGUGUGACAUCACUUAGGACUGAAUCCGAGGAGGUUUGGAAAACACUUGAAACUGCUGAAGCAAGUCUUUUAGAAAUGCUUACAGCUAAAGACUAUGACUGUUCACGAUACUUUGGUGAAAAUUCUGUACCGACGUCCAGGCCACCUGAGACCUUGCAGAUCAAAUUACGUGCUGACAGACAGGAAACCGAAGAAUUUUAUCUAACGAAAUUCAGAGAAUACCUCCUGGGAACAUCAAGAAUUGCCCGACUUGAUGCAAAACAAGAAUAUAUACGGCAAUGUCUACAAGAUGGAUCCAAUGGUAGCCCAAAUCCAUCGAUUACCACUUCCAAACAAAAACAAGCUCGCAGAAAAAGAAUCGGACGACUUCAGAUGAACGGUCAACCCAAACUUUUUGGUGGUUCAUUGGAAGAAUACCUCGAGAGUACGAAUUUAGAGAUUCCAUUAAUUAUGAAGAGUUGCAUCAGGGUCAUAAAUUUAUAUGGACUUCAUCAUCAGGGAAUAUUCCGUGUAUCUGGCUCUCAAGUUGAAAUAAAUAAUUUCAGAGAGUGGUUUGAACGUGGUGAAGAUCCACUUGCUGAUGUGACAGACGCAUCAGAUAUUAACAGCGUGGCAGGAGUUCUCAAGUUGUACUUGAGAGAAUUGCGUGAACCUCUUUUUCCAACUAUUUAUUUUGAGCACUUAAUGGAAUUGGCACAGCUGGAGUCAAAGCAGGAAUUUGUACUGAAAAUGAAAGAAUUGAUUUCAGGUCUACCAAGACCAGUAGUUAUAGUGAUGCGCUAUUUAUUUGCAUUCCUGAAUCAUCUCUCAGAAUUCUCAGACGAAAAUAUGAUGGAUCCGUAUAAUCUUGCUAUUUGUUUUGGUCCAACAUUGGUACCAGUUCCUGAAGAUAAAGAUCAAGUACAAUAUCAGAAUCAAGUGAAUGAAUUAAUCAAGAAUAUCAUCACAUUUUGUGAGGAAAUAUUCCCUGAUGAUAUCGGAGGAAUUCAAUAUGAGAAAUACAUUAGCAGAGAACCUGAUGAUGCAGACGUUGGAGAUUCACCGACAGAUCAGGUUCAAGAGGACAUGGAUUCCGAAGUGUAUCCAUCUGAAGAUGAAUCGGAGAAUCUAGAGGCAACGGCACAGUUUGAUUUUAAUGCCAGAUCUGAGAGAGAGCUAAGUUUCAAGAAGGGUGACACUCUGACACUUUACAUGCAAGUUAGUUAUGACUGGUGGCGUGGUUCUGUGGGUGGACGAGAAGGCUUGAUUCCUGAUAAAUAUAUAAUGCUCAAAAUCAAGGAUGAAGAACGUGAUAAAGAGCUAUUAAAGUCGUCAAGCGAAGAGUCAAUGAGACGAAGAGCAUCAAGCUCAGCAGAUAGUGUGCCGUCAAGCAACAAUUCGCCUUUGAUGGGACCAAUGAAUAAUCUAAAUGCGUGGCCAACAGUAAAUGCAUCGGAUGUGAUAACAACAUCUUCCGGUGGAUCUCAACAUUCAGACGUAAUCACCACUAACGUGAUAAUACCUCCAGCAUCAACGAAUGUCGCCUACAUUUCAUCAUCCCAAACGAUCAUCAGUCGAGAGGGAUUGACGUCAGCGAAACCGACUCCAGGAAGCGAGAAAAUACAUCCCUUGGAAGCACCGACGCAUAUAUCCGACGAGAGUGAGAAUGUGAAUGAUUUUCUAGACUCCCUGUCUACAACAAGUGAUCAAGAUCAACUGGACGAUCCAGAUCUAAAUCACACUGAAGAUCAACUAGCUAACAAUUCAGAGUCAAAUCAACUAAGCAAAAAGCAACAGCAACAAUGGAAAUCAGAAAAUACUCAACAGCCAUCAAACCAUGUGAAUGAUAAUAAAGAUGAAAACAAUAAAGAAACUAUAACCUUUUCUGUUAAUCGAGAACUGUGGCAGAAGAGAGCUAAUUCUCAGACUCAUUUACCACCAAUAGUUCCACCAACAUCGAAAAAUAUUCGCGCCUCUCAAGAGUUCCGUGAAAUGAGGCAGAAGCAUACACCUGAUCUCGUUAUGGAUUUGCCUUUAGCAGCUCAAGAUGCAAGCAAAAAGUCAGCUUCCUCAAGUAGUUUGAAUAGCUCAGAUGAUGAAAAUUUAUUGCAUGUAAGAAGUGAUUCAGCGAGAUCGCCAAGUAAUGGACCAGAAUCACCAGACAUGAGCACCGCAGCUGAACGGUUCGCUAAGCAAAACCAGUGUACCUUGAAGAAGAAUACCAAGUCCAGCAAUGCUAGCAAUAACUCAAUGGAUGCUAGUAGAAUUAAGAGCCUUGUGGGAACAGAUGCAGAAUCUUGCGAACAUGUCGAGACGAAGGACAUUGUGAGGUCAGCAAGUAAUAAUGAAAUAUCUGAGAAUGUUCCGCUCCGUUCACCGUUACCACCACGCUCGACCCCAAUGAUUGCCGCAAAGUUUGCAGACAUGCGGCUCACAGGCGGUAGCCAACAGGUGUCUUCCUUCAAACCUCAGGUUAAGGUCAAGCCGACGAUUCUCCGCAAACCCGUCAUCCCCUUCCCCCAUCCUCAAAUGAGUCCAGAACUCGCGAGGAAAAUUGAGAAGCAGCAGGUGCAGAGUACGGAGCAAGCGAAUUGAAUUUAUCGGCUUUCGUUCGAUAUAUCAUGCUAAUAAAAGAUGAAAGAAUAAUGAAGAUUGAUAUAAUUAUACACUGAUUUGAAAAAAAAAAAAUGAAUGAAUGGGUGUGUUUAAUUAUGACUAGUUGUGGCCAUAUUUUCGUAGAUUUUUUAAACAUGGAAGUAAUACAAACAAAAAAAAACAAACACCAGACCAUUUUUAAAAAUUUAUGAGGAAUUUUUUUAAUGCGGUUUAAUCAACGAUUGACUAAUCCGCCCAGAGUGAGGUUUUUUACUGAUGAACUGAGAGUGGAUGCUAAAGACAAAUUAUAACGAUAAUAAUACAAGAAAAUAACGCAGGGAAAUAAUACAAAUGUAUUUUUUUUCCUCUGUGCUGAGGGGAAAAUAUUAAUUAAAACCAAAAAUUAAAAAAAAAUAUUUUAAGUAAAACAUUUUAUUACAUCAUCCAAAAAGUUGUUGGCUGUCAUCAUUUUUUUUUAAUAAAUAAAUUUAAUUUAAUUUAAUACUAGAAGUCAAAUAAUUUUUAAAAGACUAUUUUAAAGAUACAUUGAAAUAAUAAAUAUAACCUUUCAUGAGGUUCUAAUUUUUCCCUCAGCAUAGUAUGAGUUUAUUUUUUACCAUAAGAAAAUACACUCCGCAGUUGUAUUAUUUUUUUACCAAAUGAUCCACAAACAAUUUUUCUAGUCGUAUCGCACUGAAUGACGCAGAGAAAUAAGAAUAAAAAUAAGUAAAUAUACUAAGAAGAAUAAAUACUAAAAUAGAUACAGGAAAUAAAAUCCUGAUGUAUGUUUAUUGAUCUACAUCGAACUGUAUUCAAAUAUCAUUAGAAACAUUAAUUAAUAUUUCAUAAAUUUUAAAAUAAUUGACAUAAUCGAAAUUUUAUUUUUUAUUUAAUCAAUUUUAAAUCUUUCGUUAUCAGUAUACAUAUAUAUAUAAUAAUAAUUAUUAGAAAAUAAUAACUUUCUGUGUUAAUUCUCACGAAUUUCAAUCAUUUUCGUGAUGUUGUUUUCAUAUUAAUAGUUGAUAUUACUCUAAGAAUUAAAUUUAUAUUUAAAUGGUGCCCAUUAUAGAUGGUAGAAAAAGUUACAGUAUCUCAUUAAAAAACAAAUGUAUCUCAUUAAUAAUAUUCAUUAUUAAUUAUCGUUAUAAAUAAUCUAAUCCUGUAAUCAUUGGGUUGAUGCAGAAAUUGUAAAAAAAUAUUUUAAUGAAUGAUUUUAAUUGAAAAAUGAAUGAAAUGAAAUUACUACAAGGUUUAUGUUGAAUAUUUAUCGAUAAAAGAAUUAUUUUAAAAAGUGA